AUGGAUCUGGAUUAUGAGCCUGUGAAGACCAGCAAGGCGGCCCGCGGCAAAGUCACCGGCGGCCAGUCCUCUGAUGGUAAAGUGAAGAAGCACUGCUUGAAGAAGGUGACCGGCGGCCAGUCCUCUGAUGGCAAAGUGAAGAAGCGCGGCGCCAAGUCCGUCAAGACUGAUGAUGAUGACAUCUUGCUGAAGGACCUGAUUCAGCAGUCGAAGAAGGACAGGCCGGAGUCGAGCCGUGUAAAAGGAGGGAGCCUCCGCUUGGGGUCUGAUUGCGCCGGCGUGGGCAGUGAGUUCCUUGCGCUGAAGAUGAUCAUCGGGGAUCGCGUGAAACUCAGGACAGUUUUCGUUUCGGAGAUCAACCCUGAGAAACGCAAAGCGCUUCUGGCUUUGCAUGAACGCUAUGAUGACAAGAUCAUCUACGAGGACAUGGCCGAGAGGGACGUGGAGAAAGCUCCAUCAUGCGACAUCUACUGCGCCGGACCCCCAUGCCCAUCGUUUUCCUGUGCAGGGAAAGGAGCUGGCCUCUCAGAUGCCAGGGGGCGAGUUCUGCUCUCUUGCGUCGAGUACAUCUUGUGCAAGCGACCUGCCUUAUCGGUCAUCGAGAACGUUCAGGGCCUUACCACAGGCAAGCAUCGGAAGAUCCUCGAUGGCAUCACUACAGCCCUCAAGAAUGCAGGCUACCGCGUGAAAGCCGAAAUUUUGAAUUGCCAAGCGCAUGGGCUUCCUCAAAACCGGCCCCGGGUGUAUAUAGUUGCCACAUUGACGUCGGCAGUGGGUCCGAAGUUCAAGUUCCCGGAGCCCAUGACGUUGCCAGCGAAUUACCUGGAGAGGUUCUUGGUUCAUGAUGUGGAGCAGCACACCAAGGUCAGCAAGGUCGCUGCAAAGAACAUCGAGAAACUCCAGCAACAGCUGUCGGGUCCAUCGGGUUCCAACAUCGUGCUCGAUGCUCACAGCGGCCGGGACAAAUUGAAUUUCAUGUACGACGUUUCCCCUUGCCUGACCAAAGCACGCAGUGGGUCGCAUGGACACUACUUGAUGAAGCACGCUCGGUUCAUGAACAUCUUCGAGAUCGGUGCCCUCCAAGGCUGGCCCAAAUCAAUUGUCCAGUUUAUGCAGCUGCAUGCCAGUGACCGCUGCUUAGGAACAAGCUUUGGAGACGGUAUGUCCAUUUCGGUUUUGUGCAGACUGCUUCCUAAUGCCUUACUAGCUUCUGGUGUGGUCCGGAAGAAAUGUUUGAAUCCAGUAUGGGAUCACAUUCCUGAAUGUGGACAGAUGCCCGGCGCCGUGUAUUCCAAGACCAGGCUGUAG